GGCGAGAGAGUCUUAUACUUACUGUAUUAUACACGUACCAUGUACCUAUAUAUACUAGCUGAUACAGCUCUCGUGUACGCCGCUGCAAAUUCGCUCACGGCCCUGUGUUAUAGUUGCAGCUCUCGCAGAGAUGUAUAUAAAACCUCGCCGCGGAGCCCUAUAUUGCAUCUACGGAGUACAGAGCAAGCUCCGUAAUACACUUACUACGGUGCAUAUAAUUCAAUGCCUCGAUGUACGUACACGCGGCGCGCAAUAUAUAUUGCAUCUAUAUAGAAAAUUGCAUGUACAUUAUCGUGUGCUGCAGAGUAUAAGAAAGAGAGAGAGAGAGAGAGAGAGAGAGAGAGAGAGUCGGAAAGUGCAGCUGAGAGAGCACACGGCCGCCGAUCUCCGACGAGAGAGAGAAUAUAAGCAACAGCACACAACACGAGUAAAACGGCAGCGCUGCGCUAUGAUGAGAGAGGCAACGCUCGGAGCAGCAGUUGUGGGCCCGUGGCCAAACGGAGCGCACGCACUUCGCAGAUCGCAUCAUCAUCCAUCGCAGCGCACGUUCGAGCGCGAGUGUAGACAGCUCUUACUUCUUUAGUUUCGUAGAAUAGACAUAUAGACACAAUUGCUCUCUCUCUUUCUUACUCUUGGUCUUUCUCGAGAGACUCUCUUUCUCGCUCAAGAGUUGAGACUGCUGCUGCUACUGCUCGCUCGCCUUCGACCGACUGCUUAGCCUGCGUGUAUAAUAAUAACAUAUAUACACACUAUCUGUCUGUGCGUGUAAGUUCUUGCUACUACUAUCUCGUCUGCGUGUGCGAGCAACAUCAGCAACACGAGCAGCAGCCAUAAUGGUCAAUCGUGUAUAAAAGUUUCUUCGUUCGAGAGCCGAGAGAGCUCUGUACACAACGGAGUGAAAUUUGUUAUACAUUAUAUCGCCAACGCACGCAUCGAGAUUGUCUACAACAACAACGCAUGACUCUUGCUCUCUCUCUCUUUCUCUCGAUAUGCACAUCGCAACGCAAUAAUAGUUUGACCUGUGUGCCUGCAGCUGUUCUUUUCUCUCUCUCUAUCUCUUUCCCUUUCGAGUGCUGCAACAAGCGAGUGCGUAGUGAAAACACGCGCGCGCGCGUCCUCGUGAAGUGCGUUCCAAGUAUAUAGCAGAAAAAAAUUCGUUUACCGAAACAAAGUAUAUGACAAGCGCGUCGACAACGACACGCGAUACAUCAUUCAUACAUAUAGAUUGGGAGUGUGUUUUGUGUACUGUGCUGUGCAUGUGUUCAUAAUAUCUCGUUAACUGCUCGACGAGUCGUCAACGACGACGACGACGACGACCGACGACGCACACGAGGCUGUGCAGCAGAGCUUCUUUGUUGUCGACGUUGUUUUGCUAAUAUAAUACUGCUGCUGCUAUCUGAUAUAUAACGCUGCCAAUUACGCACCGCUGCACGUCUGACACUCAGCUGCUCCGAACUACUGCGGCCUGCUCGCGCACGCGUGUGUGCGUAUAGCAACAAAGCAUCAUUGCGUUGAUUAUAACAGUUUGCGGACAUGGAGGCUCUUCGAUUAGCCAUUCAAACGAGAUUAGGCGAGAGAAUGGUCAGCAUGAGCUCCAUGCUUGUGGAGACUGUCAGCAUCAAUUACGAGGACUUCAACGAAAGCUUCCUGACAUGUGGGACCUGUCUCUGUGUAUACGAUGGUAGCGAACACACUCCAAAGCUAUUGCCAUGCUCCCACACGGUAUGCCUACACUGUCUCACCAGAAUCGCAGCUUCGCAGACUAGAGAGGCAGGAGCUUUUCGAUGUCCAAUUUGUAGGGAAUUGAUCACCAUUCCCAGAGGAGGAGUCCCAGCACUGCCACCAAGUUUUCUAGUUAAUCAGUUGUUGGAUUUGAUGUCUAGGCAGCGUAGAGAGGUCAUUCCAAAAUGCUCCAUCCAUGUGAAUCAGGAAUUAUUAUUCUGUGAAACUUGCGACACAGUCUUCUGUUCAGUCUGCACAGGUGGCAAUCAUGCAGGAACAUCUCCUGGCUGUAAUGAACAUACAAUAAUACCAUUUAGUAUAGCUAUUAAACGUAUGUCAGAAAUAUUAUUGUACAAAGCAAACGAAUGUAUAUCAAAGUUGACUCAAGCUCAAGAAUCUGUAACUUCAGAACUCCAAAGGUUAGAUUCAACAAAACAAAAAUGUUUGACAGCCAUCGAUGCUCAAUUUAAUGAAAUCAUUGCAAAAGUUGAAAAGAGAAAAUCUGAGCUAUGUGCUGCUGUACAUGCAGCUGCAAAAGAUAAAAAAAGAAUUCUUGAAGAACAACACACACUCAUUGAAACAGAAAAAAAUAAAGUUCAACAAGAAUGUGAGGGCUUACAAUAUCAGGUUGAAGUACGAAAUAUUACUCAACGGAUUGGUAGCUUGACAGAUCAAUUAGAUGCAGCGGUAGCUCUUAAUGAACCACGAGAAAAUGCCUUUAUCACUUCAGAGUUUGAUCACAAUAAAGCUCUAACAAACUUGGAACAAGCACUAAGUAAUUUUGGAAGAGUAAGAUCCAGUACAACUUUACCAGGGUUGUGUCGAGCGAAAUUAAAAGACACCGCUGUUGUCAAGUUAAAAACAUCUGUUAUAGUCGAAACUGUAGAUUAUCACGGCUAUCCUCGAAGUGUUGGAGGCGACCCAAUAAAAGCAGAACUUCAUCUCAUUGAAAAUAAUCAAUCCCAAAACAAAAAUCUUCCUAUUGAAACUUGGGUGAAAGAUUUAGAAAACGGAACUUACGAAGUAUCGUUCAGGCCCAUGAAACCGGGCAGUUAUGCUUUGAAAGUAUCCGUUUUUGAAAGAUCAAUCAAGGAUUAUCCACUAACUUUUGAAGUUAGUGAACACAAUGAACCAUUGAAAGUAUAUGGGCAAAAAGGUUCUGGCAAAGAAGAAUUUAAUCAAGCUGUUGCUGUAGCUGUUGAUGAUGAGGGAACAAUUUAUGUCGUAGAUACUGGUAAUUCGCGAAUAAAAGUUUUAGAUAGUAAUCUUGAAUUUCAAAAACAUAUUACGAAUGAGGGAUUAGAGGGACGAAGUUGUACGGGAAUUGCAAUAUCUGAACAAGGCUUGGUAAUAAUAAAUUGGAGAACCAAAACUGUAACUGAAAUGAAUAAAGAUGGUGAUACAAUCAGGUCUUUUUCACACAAUACUCUUCAAGAGCCAAUUGAUAUAGCUGUCGAUCGUAAUUACGGUCACAUAUUAGUUGCUGAUAACGGACAGUGUGGUGUAGUUGUGUUUGACUGUGAUGGAAAGAUGUUAUUCCAAGUCGGUAAACCAACUAUGUUCAAAUUAAUAACAUCGGUCGCAGUUGGUCCAGCUGGUGAAAUUUUGGUUGCUGGAGAAUCGCUUCACGUAUUUUCCGCUAAAGGAGAUUUUACAGAGGAAAUAAGCACUGGAUCAAAAGGAAAAGGAAAAUAUGCCGGAGUCACUAUUGACAAUGAGGGUAGAAUUUUAGCAACAAGAACAGAAAAAGGCCGAAGUUUUAUACAACUACUGAAAUUUGGCGGUGAAAUUUUAUCAGAAAUCGAUUCUCACAACUCGAAAUUGCGGCGACCCUCGGGAAUUGCGGUGUUGCCAGAGGAACAUCUCGUCGCAGUUGACUUGGGUAACGAUUGCGUAAAAAAGUACAGAUAUUGGUAAAUUCAUCUUUUGAUUAAAAAGUCCAUGAAUUUAUCGAUCUAGUUUUUACUGGAUAAAAGAUUAGUUUCUUAGGGCUCCGAUCUGCCAGUAUCGUAGUGGCCAUUCGAAUAUUUAUUGGUAUACUAGCAGCUACCUAUUGAUUGCGGCAAAACAAUGUGACAUAAAACACUGCCAUUACUAUAUGAAAAAUUUGUGUAGAACACGAUCGAAAAAUUAGGCUCCAUAAUCAAACAAACUUAGGCAAUUUUUUCUAGUUGAUAGAUUGCAGUUGCAUAUAGAUUGUAAAAUAAUUAAAAAUCAAAAGCAACCAUGUAAAAAGUUAUUUGUUACAGCUUAACUUGAAAAGUAUUGUAAAUAGAAUGUGUUCAGUAUUAUUGCGUCGCAAUAAGCUAAAUUUUGACUACAAACUCUAUGAGGCGCAUUGAAUGCAAAACAAUCUGUACGAAUGAUACUAGUCUUGAUGAAACUGAUUGCGUAUUUUUAAGUUGAUUUUGAAAAAUACGUUAGAUUGUAAAAAAAGCCAUAUAUUUUCCGGAGAUUUUAAUCAAAUUUGUAUUUAGAUUCGUUUAGAUCUUCGGUUCAUUAGCUUAUUCUCUUGUUUUCAUCGUCGAUAGGUUAUUAUUUCUUUUUGAUUUAACAAGACUUACCCGCAGAAACCGAAGUUUCAUUUUAAACUCUAGAAGAAUUACGGCAAAGCAUUACUUACGCUCGAACGUGAGAUCAUUUUUUAUUUUUUUUAUUAAAUUUUAUUAUAUUUUUUCGUUCGGAAACGAAAAAGGGGCCGGAAAUGCUGCAGCAAGAAUAGAAGAAAAAGAAAAUUUUUCGGUUCAAAAGUACUCUUCCGAAUGUUGUUGCAUUUAUUAGCGGCUAAGUCAAGCUUUAUUUUUCUCCCUUACAUUCCUAAGAAAUUUUCUUAACGAAUGUUCACUCGAUUGCAUAUACGAAUAGAAUUACGAUUUUAGAGAGCACGAACGUGAGGCGAAUUUUUCUUAUACUUAUUCAAAUACUUAUUACGAAAUAAUAUCACGUUGUAUACAACUUUUAUCGAUUAGUUGCAAUGCAAUUACGAUGUUACGAAGAUAUUUUUAUAAACUCGUCUCACGAUAUACCAUGACAGCCAUCGUUGUGUCUUUUGGCGACAUGUUUUCUUUUUUACAAUUUAUACGAUUCGCGCGCAAAUCGCACAUAUAAUACGAUGGGCUUUAAACAAUCGAUAUACGAGUUUUUGUUUCUUCUGUUUUCAUUUUUUUUUUUUUUUUUUGGUAUGCGUGUAUGUCCGUCGGAGAUUAAAAGUGCAGUAAAUAUGUGCGAGUGCCGGGCGCGUAACCCACGAUUAAUUAUAACGUCUAGUCAGCCUAUAAUUUUAUCAUAAACUUAUUCAUUAAACGUUGAUUGUACUUGGUCUUAAAUUAUAAGCGUGCGGUACGGUAUUAUAACAUAACGCAUACCCAAUUGAAUGGACGAAGGAAAAAAAAUGAAAAGAAAAUGAAAAGAAAAAAAAAACGUCAUCAAGCCGUGCUGUAAGAUAAUAAUGUUGUACUAUUGCUUUUACUCAGCUUGUAAAUACUUUGUACAUGUUAUAUACUGUAUAAUGCGUGUUAACGAAAAAGAAAAAAAAAGACGAAAAGCAAACAACAAA